GUCGCUGCCUGCAGGUUCGGCUGCGCGAGCGGAGGGAGGCGGGAAUCAACAGUAGCCUUCCUUGGAGAACUGCUUCUUCUAUUUGCUGCCUGGAGCUAACAUUGUUUCCUGCUGGCAGAAUCAGGGACAUGCCAGCACUAGCGGGAUGAGUGGGUGUUCCGGCGGGGAUGUGGUCAUUGACGGCCAAUGAGGAUGAGAGCAGUACGGCCCACUUCUUCCUCGGAGCUGGAGAUGAGGGCUUGGGCACCUGUGGAAUAGGCAUGAGGAUGGAAGAGAGUGACAGUGAGCUCCUCGAGGACGAGGAGGAUGAAGUGCCUCCAGAACCUCAGAUUAUUGUCGGCAUCUGUGCCAUGACCAAGAAAUCCAAGUCCAAGCCAAUGACUCAAAUCCUAGAGCGACUCUGCAGGUUUGACUACCUGACUGUUGUCAUCCUGGGAGAAGACGUCAUCCUCAACGAACCUGUGGAGAACUGGCCGUCCUGCCACUGUCUCAUUUCUUUCCACUCCAAAGGCUUUCCUCUGGACAAAGCUGUUGCUUACUCCAAGCUUCGAAACCCCUUCCUCAUCAAUGAUCUGGCCAUGCAGUAUUACAUCCAAGAUAGGAGGGAGGUGUACCGGAUCCUGCAGGAGGAGGGUAUUGAUCUGCCAAGAUAUGCCGUGCUCAACCGUGACCCCGCCUGUCCUGAGGAGUGUAGCCUGAUAGAAGGUGAAGACCAGGUGGAGGUCAAUGGAGCUGUCUUUCCCAAGCCCUUUGUGGAGAAGCCAGUGAGUGCAGAGGACCACAAUGUUUACAUCUACUACCCCAGCUCUGCUGGAGGAGGAAGCCAGCGCCUCUUUCGUAAGAUCGGCAGUCGGAGCAGCGUUUACUCUCCCGAGAGCAGCGUCCGGAAGACAGGAUCAUACAUCUAUGAGGAGUUUAUGCCAACAGAUGGCACAGAUGUUAAGGUGUAUACAGUGGGGCCCGAUUAUGCCCAUGCUGAAGCUAGAAAGUCUCCAGCUUUGGAUGGGAAGGUUGAACGAGACAGUGAGGGGAAAGAGGUUCGCUAUCCAGUCAUGCUGACCGCCAUGGAAAAGCUGGUAGCCAGGAAAGUCUGCGUAGCUUUUAAGCAAACAGUCUGUGGAUUUGACCUUCUUCGUGCCAAUGGUCACUCCUUCGUGUGUGACGUCAAUGGCUUUAGCUUUGUCAAGAACUCGAUGAAAUAUUAUGAUGAUUGUGCCAAGAUUCUGGGGAACACCAUUAUGCGGGAGCUUGCCCCACAGUUCCAGAUCCCAUGGUCCAUCCCCACAGAAGCCGAGGACAUUCCCAUCGUCCCUACCACAUCUGGCACUAUGAUGGAGCUCCGCUGUGUCAUCGCAAUUAUCCGUCAUGGAGAUCGAACUCCAAAGCAGAAGAUGAAGAUGGAAGUGACCCACCCAAGGUUUUUUGCUCUCUUUGAAAAACAUGGUGGAUACAAGACGGGAAAAUUAAAACUUAAGAGACCUGAGCAGCUCCAGGAGGUUCUGGACAUUACGAGGCUCCUGCUAGCUGAACUGGAGAAAGAACCAGGCACUGAGAUCGAGGAGAAGACCGGGAAGUUGGAGCAGCUGAAGUCCGUGCUGGAGAUGUAUGGCCACUUCUCGGGUAUCAAUCGGAAGGUGCAGCUGACUUACUACCCCCACGGAGUGAAAGCUUCGAAUGAGGGCCAAGAUCCACAGAGAGAAGCCCUGGCUCCCUCUCUCCUGCUGGUAUUGAAGUGGGGUGGAGAGCUGACUCCUGAUGGCCGUGUGCAGGCCGAGGAGCUGGGUCGAGCUUUUCGCUGCAUGUACCCUGGAGGCCAGGGUGACUACGCUGGCUUCCCUGGCUGUGGGCUGCUUCGUCUCCAUAGCACUUUCCGUCAUGACCUCAAGAUCUACGCGUCCGACGAGGGCCGCGUCCAGAUGACUGCUGCAGCCUUUGCGAAGGGCCUCCUGGCUCUAGAAGGGGAGCUGACACCCAUUCUGGUGCAAAUGGUGAAGAGCGCCAACAUGAACGGGCUGCUGGACAGCGACAGUGAUUCCCUGAGCAGCUGCCAGCACCGCGUCAAGGCACGGCUGCACCACAUUUUGCAGCAGGAUGCACCCUUCGGCCCCGAGGACUAUGACCAGCUGGCUCCCACCGGAAGUACCUCUCUCCUCAACUCCAUGUCUCUCAUCCAGAAUCCUGUCAAAGUCUGUAAUCAGGUGUUUUCCCUGAUUGAGAACCUUACCCACCAGAUUCGGGAACGGAUGCAGGACCCCAGCUCUGUAGACCUGCAGCUCUACCACAGUGAGACACUGGAGCUAAUGCUGCAGCGUUGGAGCAAACUAGAGCGCGACUUCCGGCACAAGAGCGGGCGCUAUGACAUCAGCAAGAUCCCUGAUAUCUAUGACUGUGUCAAGUAUGAUGUACAGCAUAACGGGAGUCUGGGGCUUGAGGGCACAGCCGAGUUGCUGCAUCUUUCCAAAGCUCUGGCCGAUGUGGUCAUUCCCCAGGAGUAUGGGAUCAGUCGGGAGGAGAAAAUGGAAAUUGCUGUGGGCUUCUGUCUUCCACUUCUGCGGAAAAUCCUGCUUGACCUACAGAGAACCCACGAGGAUGAGUCUGUCAACAAGCUGCAUCCCCUGUACUCCCGUGGAGUGCUCUCUCCAGGGCGCCAUGUUCGAACACGUCUGUAUUUCACCAGUGAAAGUCACGUUCACUCCCUACUCAGUGUCUUCCGUUAUGGGGGACUUCUUGACGAGACCCAGGAUGCACAAUGGCAGCGAGCUUUGGCUUAUCUUAGUGCCAUCUCAGAGCUCAACUACAUGACCCAGAUUGUUAUCAUGCUUUAUGAGGACAACACACGGGACCCGUUGUCGGAGGAGCGGUUCCAUGUGGAGCUCCACUUCAGCCCUGGGGUGAAAGGUAUUGAAGAAGGCAGUGCCCCAGCUGGCUGUGGAUUCCGCCCAGCUUCUUCAGAGAAUGGGGAGAUGAAAGCAGAUCAAGGCAGCGUAGAGAACCUGUGCCCAGGGAAGGCCUCAGACGAACCAGACCGAGCAGUGCAGACCUCUCCCCAACCUGUCGAGGGCACUGGCCUCCCAAGGAGGUCACCCCUCAUUCGGAAUCGAAAAGCUGGCUCCAUGGAGGUGCUGUCUGAGACUUCAUCUUCAAGGCCCGGUGGCUACCGGCUGUUUUCAUCUUCACGUCCCCCAACAGAGAUGAAGCAGAGUGGCCUAGGCUCACAGUGCACAGGGCUGUUCAGCACCACAGUGCUGGGCGGCUCCUCCAGCGCUCCGAAUCUUCAGGACUACGCCCGCAGCCAUGGCAAAAAACUCCCGCCUGCCAGUCUAAAGCACCGAGAUGAGCUCUUGUUUGUCCCGGCCGUAAAACGAUUUUCUGUGUCGUUUGCAAAGCAUCCGACUAACGAGCUGCUGGAUGACCAGCACCCUGUGGUCCGGUUGCUGCGCACUUUUUCCUCUGACUGCCCAAGGGGCUGGCCAGUUUCCUUGGAUGCCACGCUGGCGCACCACCUGCACCAGUGCUCCUACCACCUGCGCCUCUUCCGGAACUGGCUGCGCUCAGGCCAGGAUGACCCCGAGUGCCUCUACGGAUUUGAAGGGUGCUCCAUGGUACCUACCAUCUACCCCCUGGAAACACUACACAAUGCCCUUUCCCUGCGUCAAGUGAGUGAGUUCUUGACAAAAGUCUGCCAGCGCCACACUGAUGCCCAUGCACAGGCAUCUGCAGCCCUCUUUGACGCUAUACACAACCCGGCCUCAGAUAGCCCGUUUUCCCCACCCCGUACUCUUCAUUCGCCACCGCUGCAACUCCGGCAUCGCUCUGAAAAGCCACCUUGGUACAGCAGUGGUCCUUCCAGCACCGUGUCCAGUGCUGGCCCUUCCUCUCCUACUGCAGCAGAUGGAAACUCACAUUUUGGCUUCAGUGAUCAGUCCUCUGUAAAUACACAUAUGACUGAAGAAAACCAAGGCCUUGGGCUGCUCCGGGAGCCUCCUGGAGAAGGAACACAAGAGUUCCCUGUAAAAAGACAGCAAGAGCUUGUGGAGCCCAGUCAGUCUCCUCUGGAGUCACCUGUGGAAACCAGCCCUCUAGGAGGCCAGGAUGUUGCUGAAGUCAGCCAGGUCAGCCAGGAGGUCCCAGAUACCACCCAGACACGCUCUAACAUCCUCGAGGAGGUUGGCCAGCCUAGCCAAGAGGUCCCUGACAUCAGCCAGCUGUUCCUGAAGAACCAUGACACUGCCACCAGCACAUGUCAGCCAUGCCAGAAGGCUUAUGAGGAAGUCGGCCAGCUUUGUCAAUACAGCCCUGAGGAGAGUAACCAGCUGUGCCAAGAGGUCCCUGUGGAGCUGGGCAGGAUGGCCCAUGGAGGCCCUGUAAGCGUUGGUAGCAUGGUCCAGGAAACAGUUACGGAAAUCGGCAGGCCAACCCGAGAGAUCCCUGAAGAGACUGGCCCACCAUGCCAGGAAUUCUCUGUGGAGGUUGGCAUACUGGCUCAGGAGGUCCCUGCCAUCAUCAAGUUGUCUCAAGACAUUCCUGAGGCUGACAAACUAUCCCAAGAGCUCACUGAGGAGGCUGGUCUGCAGGCUCAGGAGGUCUCUGAGGAGACUGAUGAGGACUCCAGGGAGGAUCUCCCCCAAGGCCAGGGUCCAUCUAGUGAUGUAAACACUGAAAGUCAGUCUCUGGCCCGUGACCAGCUCUCAUCCCUUCCUCCAGCAACGUGUCAUUAGUCGCUUUCCCAUUGGUGCCGUCCUCCACCAGCCAUCUGAGCCAGAGCAAGGCCUGGGCUCACAUCAGGGAUGUCUGAGGAAGCAGGCCUUCUGGCAUAGAACAUAUGCCUAAGGGAGAGCUAAUUUAUGUUCAGAGCAGCUAGCAGCUCUUCACUAGCUGUGGAGUAGGAAAUCGUAGAUUGUUCAAGGAAAUGCCACUUAACUGUUGAUACCGUUGAGGGGACAGCAAAUAUACAAUGGAAGGCAGAAGGCUUUCUACUUGUUGAAGGAAAUAUUCACAACUUCUUAAGGUACCCUCAGACCAUAUGUGCAUUCAAGGAAGCUCUUGUCUUCACUGUCACAGGCAGGCCCAGGGCAGCCGCCCGAAAUGUCUGCAGAAUAGAGUUGCCUUCUCGCAAACAUCUGUCAUGGCCACUCAUGGCUUAGACUGGGCUCAUGGGUGUUUCCGUAUAAUUGCCAAGUGCUCCCUCUGCCCUAGUCCUGCUCCUCUGGACAGUGACUCUAGAGAAAAGUAGAUAUUAGAUUGUCAUGCAACUUCAGGGUGACUACCUGCUCUGGGAGAUUUGGAUCAAUCUAUGAAGCUAGGCCUCCUUUUGUUGUGAGGCUAUUGGGUUUAGAAGAUGCUGUAGUAGAGAGAAUCAAGUAUAUUUUAAGCAAUUAGCAGAGAUCAAUGUUGUACAGACAUGAGCAAAGAUUUAAUAUAUAUAUAUAUAUAUAUAUUUCUGUAGUUUGCCAGGGACAGACUGGCCAAAGAUCAAACACUCCAGGGUCCCCGAGACGUUUGUCCUUAUAUCAUGUGUCUUUAGGACCAUAUAUGAUUAUGAAGCUUUUCCCAAAGAUCUAGGGUGGGAGUGGGCAUGGAUAAUGCAGUCACUGGAGUCAGGGGCCGGGACAUGACGAGUGCUCAAUAAAUACAAGAUAAUGAGAACGCGGGUGGUGGUGCCUUUGUGAACUCGAUAAUCAAUAGGUAAGCCAGUUGUGUCUGUGACUGAAUCAAUCAAAAGCUAUUGUAGUUGAGCAGGGAUUGGCUUUAAAAAUAGAGAAGUCUGGCAUUUGAGUCCCUGUAGGGUCAGUCUACCUCCCCAAAUGUUUUUAAUGAGCAGAGUGCUGAGAAGUGUGAUUGGAACAAGAUUUGAGCUCUGUGAAGCAGCAAAGGCCACUUGCCUUCUCACCAGCUCCCUAGAAACACACCCUAAUGUCCCCUCCAGUGGGAACAUUGGAGGGGAACUAACAUGAAGAGGUGAUGCCUGGUCUCUGCUCCAUUGACAUCUUUACAUUGGGAAAGCUCAGGACUGGGAGGACUAGAAUGUCUCUUUUCCAUAUAUACAUUUAUAACCUGACCACUCAUGACAUACCCAAGACUAUAGAGGGGGGAUGGGAGUAGACAGUAAAAGGCUCAGAGUUUUCUGGGCAAAGACAGUGAUUGUUUUUGACUCCAUAGAAUGCAGAUCCCAUUCUCUAAACCAAAUGUAUGUGCCCACAUUUUUAAGCCA